CAAAUGUGACAGCAAAAAUGUCAACAAGCGAGGAAGUAGUUAAAAAUAAAAAAAACUCGCGUAAUUUUUAGUUAUUAUUUUCUUAGUUGCUAUGUUCAAAGAUUCUUUUAAAUUUUACAAAGCCAAAUGGCCAAUUCCCGAUUUUAGCGAUGUCCUGGAUUUCGAUAAUUGUACAGCGAAAGGAAUCAAGGAGUUUGGCCUGGAUGUCGAUAGUAUUUACGAAGAUGUAUUGCCUGGUCUAAAGCCAGUAUACUCAUGGAAAUGUUACGAGAUAGUCGAUCGUCCUGGACUUAUUUUCAUACGAAAUCCCUUCACACCUCAGGGACAACGCUACUGGAUGACCAGGUGUAUUCGAGACUAUCCCAAAAGUCCGAACGUUGUGAAUCUUAGCAAAAAGCUAUUCUCACAGUCAGUUAUCGAUGAUUGGUGGAACUCGUUUCAAAAUUGUUCCGACAAAGACGACAAGCGACGUAUGAAAGUCGCGAUGAGAUGGACCACGCUUGGCUAUCACCACGACUGGGAUAGCAAACAUUAUAGCGAAAAGAUGAAGAAUAAAUUUCCCUCGGAUUUGGCCCAGUUAAGCGAAUUCUUUUCGAAAGCCUUGCACCUGGGCAAGUAUUCGGCAGAAGCUGCCAUAGUCAACUACUAUCCCAUCGGAACAACAUUGGCUGGGCACACUGACCACUCCGAAGCUGAUCUCGAAGCGCCUUUGUUUUCUUUUAGCUUCGGACAAACAGCGAUCUUUCUCAUAGGAGGAACCACGAAAGAAGAAAAGCCAGCGGCUCUGUUUCUCCGGAGUGGCGAUGUGGUGGUCAUGGCCAAAGAGAGUCGACUGUGCUAUCAUGCAGUACCCAGAGUCAUGAAGGCCAACCUUGAGAGUUGGAAUGAUUUUCCUUCUGUUUAUAAAUGUGAAAUUGAGCCUCCCACAAAUGAUUGGGACCUGGACACUCAGCUAUUUGAAAACUGCGCCGAUGAGAACUUUUGGAGUCCGUUUAGGCAGUUUGUAAACGAUUCUAGAAUAAAUAUCAAUGUGAGACAGGUUCUGAGGGAAGGGCAGUUAUCGCUGUAGCUGUUAUUAUAUUUUAAAUGAAAUAUAUUUAUUUUGCGUGUAUCCGGAAAUGUUGCGUUGAAGGAAUUAUUGUUCUCUUAAGGAAUACAUUUGGCAGGUUCAACUGAAGGUUUUUUUUUAAGCAGAUACGAAUACAGAGGGUGGCAGCAUGUCUAAGAAAAGAUCUUAUAUUUUUCAUCGUUUCUAUAUGCAUCAGCUCUUCUAUUAGUUAAUAAUCAAAGUUAUUAAAUUUUAUGAAUUUAGAUUAAACAUUUUUUUUUUAAAUUUUGUAUUAAUAUUAGUGCAAGGUUGGGUAAAUCUGCGAAAUAUACAGAUCUGCAGAUUUGAUCGUAAAUCAAAAAUAAAUCAAUUCAUUUUCCCCAUGGAAUGCAAAAAGAGGACACAUUUAUGUUUUGACAGAUAAAGAU